UAAACGACACAUAUAUACGUCGUCUUAAUCUGUUCUUUUAGCCAGUAGGCUCGGGCUAGUUGGAGCGAGCGGUCAUAAAUAGUUAUUAAAGGAUCCUUUAAAAACGUCUAUUUUUCGGAUAUUAUUUUAUUUUUAACGUACAGAAAACAAAGAAGAAUGAAACAUAUAAUAGCAAAGAAAGAGGACUAAUAAAAAUAGAAAAUUAUCUAUAAAAUUUAAAUCGCGUAAUCAAAAACUUUUUGAAUUUAUCGUUAUUAAAUCCAGGACUAACUGUGAGAAUAACAAACAACAGAUAACGUGUAAUGGUUUUAUGAAAAAUACCAAUUUAAAAUCCACACUUUGGAUAAAUAAAACGAAAGAUAUUUUGUACUUCUUCAGUGAAUUAAAAUUGAACAUUCCAAAAUUAUAGACGAAAAAAUAAAAGUAACAAUUGAACACGAGAAAUAUACCGGGAAAAGUAUAACACGCAUUUCAAGCGCGCGCAAAAUAAAGAAAUUUAAGAUUGAAUUAAAUUUAAAAAAAAAAAGAUAUUAUAAACUUAACUUCAGUUGAAAAUUUUAUAACGGUUAAAAGUGUCUAUUGUUGUUUCAUCUAAAUUUGAGUAUAGUUUGAAGAUUGUGUAAGAAAAAGAACGUAAAGUUUUAAUACAGUUUUGGCCGAUGUAAAUGAUCUUUAAUUUUGAACAAAGUAAAAUGACCAAAUUAGGAAAAUAAUAAUAAAAAAAAAGAGAUCAUUCAAUUAUUAAAUUAUCCAGAACAAUAUAAAUAGAACCUUGGACUGCAAAAAUUUACCAUAAAGGACUGAUAAUAUAUUUUUAUAUUACAUUUAUUUAAAUUGAAAAUUUGUGUGUUCCUUCUCGGGUUGAUUUAUAUUUUUUUUUUAUAUAUUUCGUACAAUAUCAAGUCAAUCAAGUGUCCCUAACAUUAUUUUUAUACAAAUUGCAUGAAACGAUAGCAAUCUCGAUCACAAAACGAUCAUAAAUCAAAAAAUGAUAAAGUGAUAAUUGUGCACUGUGUUCGUUUUAAAUAAUUAGCUGUGCAGUGUUGAAUAUCUAAAAGCGUACGCCGCGAUUUUAAUUGAGAUAGUUUUUAGUCCAGGAUAUAAAUUCCUUUUUCAUUUUGGUUGUUUUUUAUAAAAAAAAAAACUCAAAUCACAAUACAAUAUGCAAAGAAUAGUCGGAUAUAUCGGUGAUAAAUUUAUCUUGGAAGAUUCUACUCUUGAAAUAGAUCAAUUGUUAUAUGAAAGUGGAAGCCACCGGAUAACAUCGAUGGAGGGCAAGGGCCAUCAAAAAAAUGAAGAACAGUUUAUAAAAAAAACACGAUUACCGAAAUCAAGUGACUUGAGCGAUGGUUCCCAUGAAAUUGGUUGUUUUUUUGAAGCUAGUAGUGAGAAACAUAAUAUUAACAUUAGAAGACGAGGGAUUUCGCGGAAGAAGCAAAAGCAAAAAGGACGAUUAGAAGAAUCGCGAAUAUCGAGCGGAAGAAAUAUGGUUAAGUUUUUAGUAAAACAAUCAUCUGAAACGAGUAGAGAAAUAGUAUCAUCAACAAACAUGCCAUUGCAUUCUUACAAAAAUAAUAGAGAAUUUGUGAAUUCAACAAAGGGAGAAGAGUUUUUAUUGCCUCUUGAAGAGGAAGAUGUAACCUUGUCAUCACUAGAAACAAUCGAAUCUCCUGCAUACUUUAUCAAAUUAGAUCAUUUACGGAACUCAUGUCGCCAACCAGCGCAUCCAUCGUUUCUACUUAAUCAAUCAGGAAACUAUACGAAAGUUGAAUCAACAUCAACGCUGCCUUUUGCACCAGCAACCAUAGAAAAAUCAACAACAUCCCCAUCGAUAUUAAAAUCAUCUUCACCAAUUAUUUCAUCAUCAACAAUAAUGGCUUUUGCAUCCGCAAAACCAACAACUAUGACUGUAGCACAAGAAAAACAACGAAGAAAUCAAAGUGUUAUUUUGAGCAAGGAUGGAGAAGCACAAUAUCAUUAUUCAUCAUACAACAGUCCUUAUCAUCGUUGUGUAAAUGAGCAGCAUCAAUACCUCCAAUCAUCAACAGUGGGAUUCACUGAUAAAAAUUUCAAUCCACCAGAAUCUAUAAUCACGACAAGUUAUGAUGGAAAUGAGAAAUGGUAUCAACAAAAAUAUCAUCAUCAAUCAUACUUUUGUUGCAAUCGAAAUAGCAAAACUAUAAUAAAAAAUAGUUUUGAAGACAAUCAACAUUACAAUUGUCAUUUUUGUAGAAAAUCAAAUUUAAUAUCAACAAUUUAUUCAACAAUAACAAGGAGAAAGCAUCAACAACGUUUUUCAUCUAUACCAAUAAAAUUUAAGCAUAUUAAUAAUAUAAUGAAUAUAUUUUUAAUUAUAAUAAUGCUAAUAAAUCUAGCACCAAUUGUUUGUGGGCACAAUGUUAAUUUAAGCAAUAGUAACCCAAACAGUGAUAAAAUUGCACCCACAGCACAACAACAAUUUCAUCAACAUCACCACAACGGCGCCAAUAUCAAUAGUAAUAAUAACGGUGGUAACAUAAAUAAUAUUCGUCGGGAUUUAAACUUAAAUUCACGUUUAUCCAAUUUCGGCAAUGGCUUCACCAAUGCUGACGAUGACUCAACAAGACAAAGUAAUAGUGAAACAUCAUACAGUAGUUUUUCUGAAAUGAAUCGCCAAUUUACCAAUGAUGAUAUUUUAGACGUAAGUAGCACUAAUGAUAACAAUAAUAACAAUAGCAACAAUGAUGAUCGUAAUAGUGAUGGAAAUAGCGGUGGAAGUGCAAGUUCAACAACAUAUCUACGUUCUGGUUGUCAUUCAUGUCAGCUACGUGAAAAGGUCAAAGCAGAUAAUUUAGCAUCUAUAAAACGUCAUAUAUUAUACCGUCUUAAACUUAAGGAUGUACCAAAUAUAACAGCACCAGUUGUUCCACCAGAAAUUGUUGAAAAAUUCUAUAAAUCACAUUAUCAGAAUAGUGGUAAUAAUGGUGGAAGUGGUAAUAGUGAACGUGGACGAGGUGCUAAUAAUAAAAAUCAGUAUAGUGAUGACGAUAGUAAUGGUGGUGGUGGUGGAGGCAGUGGUGGACAAUAUUCAUCAACAUUUUAUGAUAAUGAUAAUAUGCAAGGUGAUGAUCCGCGAGCUUAUUAUGAUACAAACUAUGAUGGUGGAGAUGCAAGUGAUAGUUUUAGUAAAAGACGUCAAUAUACAGAUUUUAGUGAUAAUUCAUCAGCUGGUGAUGAUGAUGAUUAUGAAGAAGAUUUUUUCUCAGUGGUGAACAGCAUCUACGUGUUUCCAACGACUCAACACACACGUCAUAAUCGCAAAACGGAUGUACUACAUUUUCCAUUUACGAAUAAUGGUCGUUCAACAGUAUCACAAGCCACUUUACAUAUUUUUAUAAGAUCAUGGUCAUGGAUUCGUGAUCAUCUUGAUACAACUGUGCAAGGAUCAAAUCCAAAUAUCGGAGGAUCAUCAUCAUCAUCAUCUACAUCUUCACAAAAUUCAGCGGGAAAUCGUAAUCUCGAUAUUAUUUUAAAAAUCAAUUGUGUUUUACGUCAUGCCAAUAUAACACAUAUGCAAAAAGGCAAUGAAAUACGACAUAGGAUACCACGUAAUGAUAAUGGUAUUUGGAUAACAGUUGAUGUAACAGAUAUGGUUACAGAAUGGUAUAAUAAUGCAAGCACGAAUCACGGGGUUGUGAUUAAAACUAAGGAGCAAUGGAUGAAACAAUUUGUCGUUUUAGAUGAUUCAGUGGCAAAUAAGACUUAUGCACCAUAUAUCGAAGUAAUGACUAAAGACAAUCGUAAACGUCGCACCAAACGAAAUACAUCAUUAAAUUGUUCAGAAAGUGAUAAUGAAGUACGUUGUUGUCGUUAUCCACUUGAAGUGAAUUUUCGUCAUUUUAAUUGGGAAUGGAUAAUAGCACCGCAAUCAUUUAAUGCAUAUUUUUGUAAUGGUGAAUGUAAAUUAGGUUUUCUACCAAAAUAUCCACAUACGCAUUUAAUGCAAAUGAGUACAGCACCACAACCAUGCUGUUCACCAACGAAAAUGAGCCCAGUUACCCUUUUGUACUUUAAUAAUGAGUACAAUUUAGUAAUGAGUACAAUACCAAAUAUGGCUGUUGAUAAAUGCAGUUGCUCAUAGUGUUUGGGGAGAUUUAAUUUUGUGUGUUUGCGCGCGCGUGCAUAUGGAUUUCACAUCAUUUUAUAAAAAACAUUACAAUCUCAUUUUAUUUUUAAUCUUUUGUCGGUAAACAAAAGGAAAAUAUAACAAAAAAUAAGAAUCUCUUAAUGUUAGGAAAAUUAUGCGAUUUAAAAUAGGAAAAAAAAAAA